AUGAACGAAUCGAAUAUACAAGUACUAAGAGUGAACACAACUAUCAAAUCGAUUGAAACAAUAUAUGCAACUGUUCCAGUGAAUAAGCUCAAAGAUUAUAUAAAAAAUUGUGAGGUAUGCUCAUUAAAGACGACGUUGCCGAAGGCCCCAACUGGUAAAGCUAUAAAGUCAACGGCAGUAUGGGGUCGAGUUGUAAUGGAUCUUAUUGAUUUUAGUAGCACUCCUGAUGGAGAAUUUAAAUACAUAAUUCACUUUAAAGACCAUUUUUCUAAAUUUACAUACGCAAAGCCUCUUAUAUCAAAACAAGGGGAACAAACAGUAAGGGUUAUACGAAAUUUGUUUUUUACUUUCGGUCCUCCAAAAAUUUUACAAAGUGAUAAUGGACGAGAAUUUAAAAAUAAAAUGGUUGAAUCUAUGUUAAAGGAUGAUUUUCCAGGGGUAAUAUUCGCACAUUCGCGACCACGCCACCCAGAAACCAAUGGUUUAAUUGAGCGAGCAAAUGGAACUUUAGAGUCGCGAAUAAGCGGUUACAUGUUGGAAACAAAAAAAUAUGAUUGGGCGACUGCGCUCCCUAAAAUUGUAUUUAAUAUCAAUCUAGGAUUUUCUAGAACAAUUAAAAAUACCCCAUUUAAUGUAUUUUUCGCUAGAACACCUUAUUCGGUUGAUAGCGAACAGGAAGUGAUACCAGAAAUAGUUAAUGUGGAUUCUGAUCAUGAAGAAAUGAGUUUGGUUCAUACUCUUCCGAGGUUAACAUCAAGAGAAAACUCAUUAGAAUAUCCUGAUGAAAUCAGUUUGGUUCAUAUUCUUCCGAGGUUAUCAUCAAGCGAAAACUCAUUGAUAGAAUCUGAUCCUGAUGAAAUCAGUUUUAUUCAAAGUGUUACACCAAGCUCACCGUUAAAUGAUAACUUAUUGAUCGAUUCUAAUCCCGAUGAAAUGAGUAAAAAAUGA